AUGGAAGCCGAAAAGAUCGACCAAUUCUCAAAGUUCCUGACGGAAUCGCAAGCCGAAUCCCUAAGAAGGAUCAACGAAAAUUGGACAUUUGUGGCGGUCACCGAGCAGAUAAUGCUUGCCAUCUGCCCUAAAUAUAAAAGCUACAAUAGGAAGAAGCAGCCGCAGGAGAAGCGGAGUGAGUGGUUGCAAGCUAAGAAUACCAAAGGCGGUGUGCGCCAGGGUCUGUCUCUUGACCGGAACGGAACAUCUGGCAUGACCAUUCAAUUGACGAUGAGUUCCAGUCUCUCAGUUCUGACGGGUUCUGAGACCGACUCCCGCGCCAUUAUUGGGGCCAAGGCAAGGCCCCCCAUUCUUUCGACCUGGAUGUUGCCAACUUUGGAGCAGAGUGCGCCACCACGGCGGGCCCUGAGAUUAGAAACAGGCCAUAAUACAAAGACCGAAGCUCAGUCCAACAGCUUCUUCAAGGACUUGUUCUAG